GCGGGGAGGAAGCUCUGGCAGCCUGGGCCAGGAGGUGGCAGGGGGCCGCGGAGCCGCUGGCUACCAACUCGCCCUGCCAUGUGACGCCGCCCUCCGCCCAGCGACCCCCCCGCGCGCCCCGGGCCCGCGCCCGCGCUCUGUCGCGCCGCGCACCAUGCUCCUGCCGGGACACGCGCGCCCACCGCCAGCGCCCCAGCCAGCACAGCAUCCCGGCCUCCGCAGGCAGGCAGAGCCUCCCGGGCAGCUCCUGCGACUCUUCUACUGCACCGUCCUGGUUUGCUCCAAAGAGAUCGCAGCGCUCACGGACUUCUCCGGUUACCUAACCAAACUCCUGCAAAACCACACCGCCUAUGCCUGUGAUGGGGACCAUCUGGAUCUGCACUGCCCUCGGCAUUCGACGAUAAGUGUCCAAUCGGCAUUUUAUGGGCAAGAUUACCAAACGUGUAGCGCGCAGCAACCUGCUUCUCAGAGAGAAGACAGCUUAACCUGUGUGGCGCCCACCACACUGCAGAAGGUGCUGGACGAAUGCCAGAACCAGCGGACCUGCCACCUCCUGGUCAAUAGCCGUGUUUUUGGACCUGACCUUUGUCCAGGAAGCAGUAAAUACCUCCUGGUCUCCUUUAAAUGCCAACCUAAUGAAUUAAAAAACAAAACUGUGUGUGAAGACCACGAGCUGAAACUGCACUGCCACGAGUCCAAGUUUCUCAACAUCUACUCAGCAACCUAUGGCAGGAAGACCCAGGAGAGGGACGUCUGCUCCUCGGAAGCCACGUGGCUCCCCCCCUUUGAUUGCUUGUCUUACUCGGCUUUGCAAGUAUUAUCCAGGAGGUGUUAUGGGAAGCAGAGAUGCAAAAUUCUCGUCAACAAUCACCAUUUCGGAAGCCCCUGUCUUCCGGGAGUGAAGAAAUACCUCACCGUAGCCUACGCAUGUGUUCCCAAGAAUAUACUCACAGCGAUCGAUCCAUCCGUUGCUAAUCUAAAACCUUCUGUGCAACAGAAAGACGGUGACUAUGGUAUAAACUUUGACCCAAGGAAACCAAGAGUUCUGAGGAAAGAUGGAGCUAUUGUCAGCCACUCCCUGGCAGCAUUUGCUUACCUUCGAGCCCACCCUGAAAGAGCUGCCCUGCUGUUCGUGUCCAGUGUUUGCAUCGGUCUUGCGCUCACACUGUGUGCCUUGGUCAUCAGAGUGUCCUGCACCAAGGACUUCCGGGAGCUGCAGCUGGCGAGGGAGCACCUGGUGCCAGGAAGCGACAAAGCCGAGGAGGACAGCCAGGAUGAGGAGGGGGAGGAGGACUCCUCCGACUCCGAUUUUCCGGGGGAACUGUCGGGGUUUCGUAGGACUACAUAUCCUGUCUACAGUUCCAUAGAGGCUGCAGAGCUGGCAGAAAGGAUUGAGCGCAGGGAGCAAAUCAUCCAGGAAAUAUGGAUGAACAGUGGUUUGGACACUUCACUCCCAAGAAACAUGAGCCAGUUCUACUGAAAACCAGAUGCAUCUUGAUAUGAUCACACUUUCUGAAGAGGGAAGGGUUGAGAAGGCCCCUCCAGUUCUGUUUCACUCGUACCUUCUAUGAAGGAGAACUUGUCCUGUCAUCCAAUACUGAGGAAGCCAGAAAGUUCUUAAAUGGACAUUUCAAACUGUUUACAGCACAUUUCAAAAUAAAUACGGAGGGAAGAA